AAUUCUUUUGCCUAAUUUAGAAAAACAAGAUUGAUUUUCAGAUACUUAAUUUGAUCUAUAUAGAUCAAAGCAAUGUCUAACGAAAGAGGAAAAGACAUAGCAGAAGGAUCUUCAUCAGUUGAUCUUCAUCAUCAGCAAGCUGCUCCCAGUCGUUAUGAAUCUCAGAAGAGAAGAGAUUGGAACACUUUUGGACAGUAUUUGAAGAAUCAAAGACCCCCCGUUGCUCUUUCUCAGUGUAAUUCUAAUCAUGUUCUUGAUUUUCUUCGGUAUCUUGAUCAGUUUGGAAAGACUAAGGUUCAUUUACAAGGCUGCAUGUUUUAUGGUCAGCCUGAACCGCCGGCUCCUUGUACUUGUCCUCUCAGGCAGGCUUGGGGAAGUCUUGAUGCGCUCAUCGGAAGGCUUAGAGCUGCAUACGAAGAGAACGGAGGAUCACCGGAGACGAAUCCUUUCGCUAGUGGAGCUAUUCGGGUUUACCUCAGAGAGGUAAGGGAGUGUCAAGCCAAGGCAAGAGGGAUUCCUUACAAGAAGAAGAAAAAGAAGCCUGCUCAAAGCAAGGGAGGUGAUGAAUCAACCUCCAACACCAUGCACUUCUCUUGAUCUCUCUCUGGUUAAUGUUGAAAUGAAUCAAAUGGAGGUGAUGACAUGAGAUUCAAGGAGAGAGAAGUGAUUGAAAGUGUGAGUUGCUUGUGUUGAUUUAAGAUUUUUGUCAAUAUUGGCAUGCAAUAUAUAUAUAUAUAGUAUAUAUAACUCAGGAGUUGAUUGUUUACAUAUAUAUAUUGCUUCCAGAAACUUGUUGCUUAGGCUUCUCCAUUUUGUUUGCAAUUAUGUCGAAAUUUAUAAGCUUUUUCUUUUAUUAGAUCAGGAACGUAAGUCAUUUUACUUGCAUUUCAAUCUCUUUAUAAGCAAAUAUUUCUACAGCUUGGAACAU